AUGUCUACCAUCACUGCUGAUUUUACCACACUGUCAAACAUCCCAAAGCUACAUGUAUCGGGUAUGAACUGGCUUAUCUUUCACCACCGCUUUGAGAUUGCUGUCAAAUCCAAGGGCAUCUGGGGCCAUUUUGACGGUUCCGAUCCUACUCCUCCUGGCCCUCAACAAGGCGAUGAUGCUGCUACUGCAGUGGCAGCUAGAGCUGAAGUUGUUGAGUGGCAGAAAAAGGAGAAGAAAGCAUGUCACUACCUUGUUCAAAAGCUGGAGGACUCCACACUCACUGAGCUCCUUCGCUGUCCCACUGUCGAAUGGAUGUGGAAUGUCCUGACUGAAAAGUUUACU